GGGCCAAAGAAAAAGCCCAGCACAGAGAGUGAGCGAGUGAGUGAGAGCGCCCUCUCAUUUUCCCUCUCUAAUUAAUUUCUUUCCCUCCCCAAAAUCCCCCCCUUUUCCAACUUUUUUUUCUUAUUCAUUCUUAAAAAGAACAGCCAAUUGCAUCGGUUGGGUGUGAUAUGAUAUAUUAAUAAUAUAUGUCUUUAUAUCCAUCCAUCUAUCUAUAUAUAAAUAUAGUGGCUGCUCGUCUCUCUUUGUCCCUCUAGCCAAGUUCAUCACUUCACGCCCCUACUUUGGGUGAAAGGAGAGAACAGAACAGAACCGAAAGCUGUUUGCUUUCUCGAGAGAGUUGAACCCGGAAAUGGAGGUGACGGACGGGGCGACGGCGAAGCCUGUGCGUUCCAGGUUCAAGAGGGUCUGCGUCUUCUGCGGGAGCAGCACCGGCAAGCGCAACAGCUACGGCGACGCCGCUAUUGAGCUGGCCCAAGAACUGGUUGCCCGGAGGCUGGACUUGGUUUACGGAGGCGGGAGCAUCGGCCUCAUGGGUUUGGUCUCUCAGACAGUCCAUCGCGGCGGCGGCAAUGUUCUUGGAAUCAUUCCGAGGACGUUGAUGGGCAAAGAGAUCACUGGGGAGACAGUGGGAGAGGUGAGGCCCGUAGCAGACAUGCACCAAAGGAAGGCAGAAAUGGCCCGCCACAGUGACUGCUUCAUUGCUCUCCCUGGAGGAUAUGGGACACUUGAGGAGUUGCUGGAGGUCAUAGCUUGGGCUCAACUUGGUAUCCAUGACAAGCCUGUGGGAUUGUUGAAUGUGGAUGGGUACUACAACUAUCUGCUGACAUUCAUAGACAAGGCUGUAGACGAUGGCUUCAUUAAGCCCUCUCAGCGUCACAUCUUCGUCUCUGCCCCCAAUGCCAAGGAGCUUGUCCAGAAACUCGAGGAGUAUGUGCCUGUGCAUGAUGGAACCAUAGAAAAGGCAAGGUGGGAGGUUGAGCUCGAGCAACAGCAGGUCGCGUUAAGUCCCACUCCCACUCCAACCACUCUGCAGCAGACCGAGAUUACUCUAUGAAAGCUCAGUGCCCAUAUUUUGCUAGAAGGAAUGAAAGGAAAAGAGAGAAGACUAGGGAAAAGAAAAUGGUGCUUUUGGACAUCCUCAUUAGCUGCUGCUGCUGCAACUCUGAACUUUUGGCUCAUAUAAUAUGAGAUCUUAACAGUACAGUCUUAACCUUUAUGGUAAUGGUUAGUGUUGAACUGACUUGGUUAUAAAUGUCCAAGAAAAUUGACAAAUCAGAAAGUAGAGAGUCAGUGUUAAGUUAGAUUGUUCUCUCCUUUAGGUGUUAAAUGGCUAAUCUCCUCUUUCCCCCUGCUUGUCUCUCUCCGAUCUUGUUUUUUGGUAACUGGGCUAUGUCUCAAACAAUGUACAAAAAUUAAUAUAGAAGGGAACAGGAAGCAAGGAUCCAAAAAAAAAAAAAAGAAAGGGAGCAGCUUUAUUCUCUCUCUCUCUUCCCCCCUACCCCCCCAACCAACUACUAUACCCUCAAUUUUCAUGCAUGCAUGCCCUUGCUGCGGUUUGCUGCUGCUUCUGUUUUCUGCUGGUCUGUGUUAUCGUGUGACAUGUAUUUCUGUCUUUUUUGGCUCCCACUGUUUCUGUUCGAGACAGACAUACUAUGUAUACUUUGGCAUUUCCGUUUUCAGCGUGAGAAUUCAGCAAUGUGGGACAAGCUA